AUGUCAGGCGACAUUGAACUCCUCAACUUUCGCGGCUCGAUCGACAACAUGAACGAUGAGAAAUACGAUCGCGUCGCAAGAGUAGACGGAAAAGAGAUCACAGGUGGCGCCAUAUACUAUCAGCUCGACGUCAACACUGACAUAUGGCCUGUCAGUGUCGGCGACGAGUUGACUAUCACUCUGGCGAGCUCAUUGAACCUGGACGGUAGCAAGGACGAUGGGAAGGGCUGGCGCGAUGCGAACAAAGGCGAGGCUACGCUGGCGGAUGACUACGACUACGUUUGCCACGGCAAGAUCUACCGGUUCGAGGAAGGGAAUGAAGCAGAGAUACGUGUCUAUAUCUCAUUUGGAGGGCUACUGAUGUAUCUGACCGGACCAUUCGAGAGACUGAAGAGUCUGCGCAUCGACCACGUCUAUCUGCUCUGCAAGAAAUGA